AUGGAUAAGAGUUGGAUGACGAAGUCGAGAGGCUCGAGAGAGUAUAUGGAGGGGGCCGAAGCGUUUGUGAAGUAUGCAGUUACAAACUCUAAAAAUAAAAAUUCAAUUGUGUGCCCGUGCAAGAAGUGUGGAUUGAAGAGGAGCCUACGACCAGAAGAAGUAUAUGAUCACUUGACCGGUGGAAGAGGAAUGUUGUCUAAUUAUACUGAAUGGAUUUGGCAUGGAGAGAAGAUUAGGGCUCCGGUACCUAAUAGAGUACCUAAUGUUGUUGAAUCUCUCAACCCAGCUCCGGCUGCAGAUAAUAUUGAAUCAAUACCCGACGAGUCAAGAACGAUGCAUGCCAUGCUGCAAGAUGUUUUUGGCAUGCAUGAUAUUCGGGCAGACGAUGGUGAGUGUCAAGUGGAAGUGCAAGCUGAAGAUGUACCUGAGGCAGUUGAGGAAGAAAUUGAUGAGAGUGCUAAGAAAUUCUACAACUUGCUUAAGGAUGCAGACAAGCCACUUCAUGACAAAACAAAAUAUAGCAAACUGUCAGCUGUUGUACAUCUAUACAACUUGAAGUGUGUGGGUGGAUUGAGUAAUGCGAUUUUCACAUCUUUUCUUGAGUUCAUCAAUGAGUUAGCACUAACAGAUGAGCCAGCUUUGCCUAAUAGUACGUAUGAGGUCAAAAAAUAUUUGAGGGACCUGGGGCUUGGAUAUGAAAAGAUUCCGGCUUGUCGAAAUAAUUGUAUGCUAUUCUGGAAGGAAAAUGAGAAGUUAGAUACAUGUACAGUGUGUGGAAAAUCAAAGUGGAAGGACGAAAUUACUGAAGAAGAUGGGUCAUCCCGAACGUCGAAAAGACGGCCAAUGAAGGUGUUGAGGUGGUUUCCAUUGGCAUCAAGAUUACAAAGAUUGUACAUGUCACAACAUACCGCUUCCCACAUGAGGUGGCACACUAAUGAGCGUACAAAAGACGGUGUGCUCAGGCAUCCGGCGGACGGUGAAGCUUGGAGGGCAUUCGAUGCACUACAUCCAGACUUUGCAUCAGACCCAAGGAAUGUUAGGCUUGGGCUAGCGUCAGAUGGUUUUAAUCCUUUUGGGCACAUGAGCACAAGCCAUAGUACUUGGCCUGUCAUGCUGGUGCCGUACAACUUGCCUCCUUGGAUGUGCAUGAAACAACCGUAUUUCAUAUUAUCCAUGAUUAUUCCAGGCCCAACUUCACCUGGAAUGAAUAUAGAUGUCUACCUACAACCUUUAAUAUCAGAGUUACAGGAGUUGUGGAAUGUAGGAGUACGGACAUUUGAUAUAUCCAUGAAAAAAUCGUUUGUUAUGCGAACAGCAUUGAUGUGGACAAUAAAUGACUUCCCAGCAUACGCAGAUUUAUCUGGAUGGAGUACAAAGGGUGCACUGGCAUGUCCUUGUUGUAUGCAUUCAACGAAGUCUACAUGGUUAACAUACGGACGCAAAUUUUGUUAUAUGGGGCAUAGGCGAUGGUUGCCUACGGAUCAUAAUUGGCGACAAAACGCAAGAUCCUUUGACGGUAAAAAAGAGCUGGGUGUUGCACCUGUUGUGCCAGAUGGCGAUGAAAUCUUAAGACAAUUACAGAGACUUGUUUGCGUGAAUGAAGACACAGAAGGAGGCAAACGAAAAAGAACCGUGGAACAGGGUCAUAAAGCAAAUAAGGAAGUGGUAUGGAAAAAGAAAAGUAUUUUCUUCACAUUGCCCUAUUGGAAAGAUAAUUUGUUACGACACAAUCUUGAUGUGAUGCAUAUAGAGAAAAAUGUGAUGGAUAAUAUCAUUGGGACGCUUCUGGACAUGAAAGAAAAAACAAAAGACAAUCAUGAAGCACGUUUGGACUUACGUAAAAUGGGAUUGAGAAAAACACUUCAUCCAUUCACCAACGAGAGAGGCAAGACAUAUUUGCCUGCAGCAUGUCACACGAUGUCUAAUGAAGAAAAAUUAAAUUUUUUGAAAGUAAUUAAAAAUGUCAGAGUACCCGACGGAUAUGCUUCCAAUGUGUCCCGUUGUGUGAACCUUAAAGCUCGUACCAUUGUUGGUUUGAAGAGUCAUGACAAUCAUAUACUCAUGCAACAACUUUUGCCAAUUGCUUUGCGUAAAUCUUUGCCAAAUAAGGUUGUGAAACCUUUAGUAGAGUUGUCUGCAUUUUUUAGGGGUAUAUGUUCGAAAACAUUGACAGAAGAAGAUCUAGCCCGACACGAAGCUGAAAUCCCUAUAAUACUUUGCAAGCUUGAACAAACAUUUCCCCCGGGUUUCUUUACAAUCAUGGUUCAUGUUGUCAUACAUUUAGUUCGUGAAUGUCGGCUUGGUGGACCAGUACACUAUCGAUGGAUGUAUCCGAUUGAGAGGUAA